AUGAUUAAAAGUAGCAGCAAAAGUCCUUACAUCGCGUUGGUCCGAUUAAGAUCGGAUCUAAUGAUGAGCGGCGCCAACAUUCCGACAGUGUUUCACCGCCAACAGAACGGUGAUCGAUCAUUAAAAAAUCAUGCUACUACUGCUGACACAAGUUCUACUUCCACCACAUCAAGCAUGGAAGUGGCCAUCCCUUAUUCGAACAAGUCUGACUAUAUCUACUUGACACAAUCAACGGACAGCGGCCGCAAACGCAGCCUUACGCUGAUCACAAGAUUUCCAUUGAAUGACUUCGACGCCACCGAGGCGCUUGUUAGCCAUAUUACUGAGCUGAUGCGAACCAAUAAUUCUGUGACUAUGAAAUGUGAUUUAAAUGCUUACCUGAGUAAUGUUAGUAUUAGCCGUAAUCUAGCACUAGAUCAAUGUACUACUUUAAGCCGAGUUCCGCAAAGAACGUUCAACGAGUAUAAAACUGUCGAUGUGUCAUCAUCAUGUCUCCGACACAGCUCGUACACGAAAUUUGACGAUUUGCUGGCGAUGAUCGCCAACGAAAAGGAACUGUUGAAACGUGCUGCACUAGACUCUCGAGGAAUUUCACAACCACGCUUGCGGCUGUGUGGCGGUGGAGAAGAUUCACUCAACAAUGGAACCAGUGCCUGGGGAACGCCUCCAGCAACUGCCAACAAUACUAGUGCUUGGGGAAUGUCAAAUCAACAACCAGCACAGGCAUGGGGUGGAACACCCGGAAAUAGCAACGCGAACAAUAACAGUAAUAACAAUAACAAUCAACCACCAACGAGUCAAUCGCAACGGCAGCCAUCACAAUCACAGGAUCAGAAUGCAAAUAAAGCACCACAACAGGUCCCAAAUACAGCUGGCAGCAGCGCACCGAACGCAUGGAACCGUAAUCCGACGCAGCCCACGGGGCUAAAUCCGAGCAUUGCCAAUAAUAAUCUACAGCUCCAGCAACAGCAACAACAACAGCAGCAGCAGCAGCAACAACAACAACAACAGCAGCAACCACCGCAACAACAACAACAACAACAACAACAACAGCAACAGUUAGCUCUGGGCAAUAACGGAACCAUUGCAGCGAAAAGUCAACUAGAAGUGCUGAGUAAUAUGCGUGAGGCAUUGUUCAGUCAGGAUGGUUGGAGUUGUCAGAAUGUAAAUCAGGAUACAAACUGGGAAGUGCCCGGCUCUCCAGAACCGGGAAAGAGUGAUACAAAUGCCGCAUCAGGCGGUGGAGGCGGAGCAGGAGGAGCAGGAGGCGGAGGAGGAGGAGGUAAUGGUCCAAAUUCCGCUUCCUCUACCGGAUGGAAACCUUGCAAUACGAACAACGGAACAGAACUUUGGGAGGCAAAUCUGCGCAACGGAGGUCAACCUCAACAGCCACAACAGGUGCAGAAAGCACCAUGGGGCCCAGCAUCCAACAUCGGAGGAACAUGGGGCGAAGAUGAUGAUUCGAGUGAAGCAAACGUUUGGAAUGGUGGUGCGCCAGCUAAUCAACAAUCAGCGGCACCGCAAGCUUGGGGUCCGAAUAAUCCUGCUAUGUGGCCGCCGGGAAAUACUGGUGGGCCCAAUCCGGCUUCAGUGAAGAAGGAAAACGAGUGGGGUGGAGUUGGAGUCAUUGGUGGUAAUACUGGUACUGCAGCAGCCGUUCCAUCUACCGCUUCCGGGUGGGAUGCAAGGGGAGGAGCCGCCCCGGCCGUUAAUAUUCCAGGUCCGAUAGGACAAAAUACACCGAUGGAAGCAGCUCGGGAUAUUCGUGGAGAUCCACGUGGCAUUUCUGGCCGUCUAAAUGGCAACGUCGGAAUGUGGGAUCAAGCUAAUGUUCCAAACCUUCCUGCUGUUGCAAAAAUUGCUCAGGGCCCUCUUCCUACAGCUGCCGGUGGCACUAAUACCCAGUGGAAUACACCUGUUCCUAACAAAUUGCCAGGAACGUGGGACGAUGUUUCCUCACCAAUGAACACAAGACCAUCGUUAGAUGAUGGUCAGGGAGGACUUUGGAAUCAGGGUCCCUUGGCACGCCAAAAUUCCAACGUAUCCAAUUGGAAAGAUAUGUCUGACAAUGUACCACGUAAUUCUGGGUCACGUGCUCCUGCUGGGAAUAUGCUCCUUGGUGGGCCUGUAGCUCGAGGCAUGCGGUUGGGUGGAAUGAACCCCGGAAUGAAGCCAGACAGCAAUAUGUGGGGUCAAAAUCAGGGACUGCCGAUGAACAACGGUUCAUGGGAUGAAGGCAGUGGUGGUGGUGGUGGUGCUGGUGGCGGCGGCGGCGGCGGCGGCGGCGGGGGUGGUUGGGAUGACAAAAAUUUGGGCGCCAGUGGCCCUUGGAAUGACUUUGGCCAGAAUAAUCUCUGGAACAAGGGAAAACAAGGUAUCGGAUGGCCUGACCCUAACGAUAUGAUUGGCGGUGGUGGUGGUGCCGGAGGAGACUGGAACAUGAACAAACCACCGAAUAAGCUAAGUCCGGCUGACUUUAUACGAAACAGUAAGCAGUACCGAAUGCUUUGCGAAAAUGGUUUCAAGAAGGAUGAUGUUGAGUGCGCUCUUCGUAACACCAAUAUGAAUUUCGACGAAUCAUUGGACAUAUUGCAACGUCACAGUGCAGCAAGUGGGCUGGGUGGUGGCGACUGGAGGCGCCCGGACGAUCAUCCAGGCAGUGGUUUUGAUCCUCCCUUUUCCAACCGAUUCUCAGCGGGCCAUGGAUCGGGAAUGCCAUUUUCUCAGAGUCAGAAUUUGCUGAAUAAUCUACCGGGAGUCGGUGGCGCUAAUCCCAAUCUGGCAGCAUUGAAUAAUAUUAAGUACCUGUCGCAAGGCCCGGUAGCACCUCAUUCGUCGUACUCGCAAGGGCCAAACCCGUUGGCUGCAGUCGCCGCCGCAGGCAAUCCACAAAACACCCAAGCACAACCCUCGACCCAACAGCUAAGGAUGCUCGUUCAGCAGAUACAGAUGGCCGUACAUGCCGGCUUUCUCAACCAUCAGAUAUUGAAUCAACCGCUCGCUCCGACUACUUUGCUGCUGCUAAACCAGCUGCUCAGUCAGAUACGACAAAUGCAGCACAUUCAAAACAACCUCGCUAGAAGUGGUGGUGCAACUGGGGUCAGCACCGUGCAGCUAACAAUGCAAAUUAACAAACACAAGGCACAGAUCACUACGCUUCAACAGCAAAUAGCAGCACAGCAAGCAAUUUACGUUAAGCAACAACAGCAUCCACAACAACAACAUCAGCCUAGUGGUCCCCACCAGCAGCCCGGUCCCGGUCUCGGUGGAGCUGACUUCUUACGCCAACAGGAUCUGGUAUCGCUACAAAGCAACUUCGCCGAUAUGGCUCUGGGAAAAGACCCAGUGACCCUCAGUGGUGGGUUCCCUGCUAAUGCCGCAGCAGCAGCAGCUGCCGCGGCCGCUGCUGCCGUCAAUAGUAGUGCUGGCGGUGGAACUGUGAACGCUGGAAUUGCUGCCGGUACCGCUGGUGUUACUAGUCAACAGUCUCGACUGAACCAGUGGAAACUGCCAUCGCUCGAUAAGGAAAGCGGUGCCGGUGGUGCUAAUGAUCUCACCGAUUUUUCCCGUGCUCCGGGCACGACUGCAAAAUCGACAUUAUCUACUACGAGUUCCAACAUGGGCUCUCUAGGUCUGCAAGAAGGAACGUGGUCCUCAGGACGCUCCCACAUGGCAGACGGUUGGCCUGAUCAGAAUUCCGCAACCAGUGAUUCGGAACCCAAGGACUGGAAUUCGCCACAGGAUAAUGCGGGCUUUUCCGACCUUGUACCGGAAUUUGAACCAGGCAAACCGUGGAAGGUAAAGGGUGCACAGAUGAAAAUUGAUGAAGAUCCCAGUAUUACGCCGGGUAGUGUAGCUCGAAGCCCAUUGUCGAUUGCAACGGCCAAGGAGGCAGAUUUGUUCGGUGCAGGAGGUAAAACUUCGCCAACAGAUUCGAUGGGUCUAGCGUCUUCCACCUGGGGUUUCAAUCCAUCACACCCAUCUGGAGGAGCUGCUGGCAAGAUGGUUGGCAGUGCUGGUAAAAAUCCUUGGCCGGAAAACAUCACAUCCACUACCACUAGCAGUAGUUCUGAUCUCUGGGGAACACCGGUGGGAAAGACUACGCGUGGUCCACCACCGGGUCUGGGUGCUAAUAAAAAUGUGUCAUCCGCUGCUAAUGGCUGGACCGGUAGCAGUGGUGCUCAACGCUCUGGGUCAGGCAACAAUUGGUCAAGCGGAGCUGGAUGGGGAUCUCCGUGGCUUCUGUUGAAAAAUCUCACUUCACAGAUUGAUGGUGCCACACUUCGAACACUCUGCAUGCAGCAUGGGCCAUUGCAAAGUCUGCAGCUCUACGCCAACCAUGGUUUGGCACUGAUCAAAUACUCUACACGCGAGGAAGCAAGCAAGGCUCAACAGGCACUCAACAACUGUCCACUCGGUAGCAGUACCAUCGGUGCGGAAUGUCCCAGCGAUGCCGAGGUACAGGCCUAUUUGCAACAGCUGGGAGCGCCAGCUGGAAACAUUACUAGCAGCGCAAUGGUUGCACCACCUAACAGCAGUGGGGGCGUAACCAGCGUAGCGCAAUCCUGGCGCCAAGCUCCAAGAACUAGCAGCUCAGACACUUGGGGCUCCGGGUGGCCACCGUCGAACACGGGAACUAACAGUAUCCUGUGGGCGCCGCUAGAGGGAGCCACCGAACGAAGCACACCUUCCAAUUUGAACUCAUUUUUGCCAGAAAGUCUACUCGGAACCGAGCUGAACUAGACGAACCCUCUCCCACACAGUAUGGUCUCGAGCACUAUUAAGGCGUUGAAAGUCUGUUAUUAACUUACUUAUUCUUUUUUCUACAAGGUUGUGUUUUUUUACAUAUGUUUUAAAGUAUGUAUAUUUAUUGUUUUCUUUUUUGAUGAAAUAAAAUUAAACAGGAACUAUCGUCCCGACAAGUUGCUGAAUUUCAUUUUCGAACACUUUUUUUUUAUCAAUUAAUUAAGAAAAAAAAACAUAAACCAGUCAUUGUGUCUGUACGGACGCUAUCUGUAAUAUUAAUGAAAUGCUAAAACGAACAUAAAUGCAAUUCACAAUGGUGAUUCUCAGUGUUUUAUGAUGAACUGUUACUGAUUAGAGGAAAUAAAAAAACAAGGAAACGCAUACAUAGAUCUGUUACUUUCGAGUCGCGACAAUACAUCUAAGGUGGGGCAGUUUAAACGGGGAAGAAAGCGCAUUUUGUCGACUACUGAAGAGAAGACCGAUUGCAACAUCAUUUUUAUAAAAGAAAA